AUGGAUCCCAUCGCCCGCUUCGAGGUGCUCCCGCUCCCCCUCCAGUUUCUGAUAGUUGGCGCGGUUGGCGCGAUUCUCAUUCCAAUCAUUGCAGGACUGGUGGUCGUUUGCCUAAUGAUCGCAUCGGCAUUGGGCUUGAUUGACUGGGAUCGCUCCGGUUCGAAGAAACAAGCGAUUGCCAAGGUCGAUCCAAUCCCCGAUUCAACCGAGAAAACAUCAAACCUUUCCAAUGGUGGAAAUCGUACGGAAACCGAUAUUGAGGGGGAAGCGGAUCUUCAGAUGGAGAUCAACUUCCUCGAGGAAAAGUUGCAUGCUUGCAAAGACAAGCUGGCUCGGUCCCGUUAA